AUGAAGCGCGUGCCCAUCCUAGCCAAUUUUGAGGAAUGGAUGAAGAUGGCUACCGAUAACAAGAUCAAUGCGAACAACUCCUGGAACUUUGCGCUUAUCGAUUACUUCCACGAUAUGUCACUAUUGAAGGAAGGAGAUGGUGUGAACUUCCAAAAAGCUAGCUGCACUCUUGAUGGAUGUGUCAAGAUCUACACCAGCCGAGUGGAUAGUGUCGCGACAGAGACCGGAAAACUUCUGAGCGGAUUGGCUGAUAGCCGUGACAAGAGAGGGCGUGGAGAGGAGGGAGAGGAGGGCGAAGAGGAUGAGGAAGGUGAGGAUGGCCAGCCUCGCAAGUCGCGCAAGAAGACACGCUCUCACGAAGCCACCCUAGCACCAUCAUUUGCCUCCCUGCAGCUGAAGAAGUUCGAACUCGAGUUUGCUGUGGACCCGCUAUUUAAGAAAGCGUCGGCAGAUUUCGAUGAAGGAGGUGCCAAGGGCUUGCUCUUGAACCACCUUGCUAUUGACGGUCAUGGAAGAAUCGUAUUUGACAGCAGUGAUGACGCCGUGGACGACAAUGCCAAGACCGCCGAAGAUGACCGCCAGGAAUCUGCAGACCCGGAGCAGGAGACAGAGGACCAGCCGAAACCUCCCCAGCCAACAGCAAGCGAGACUUUUGAGAACAACACAGAGAUCGACCUUGCUUCACUAGCAACCCAAUUUUUCCCAGACUUGGACCGUCUCGGGGAACAAGAUAUUUGCCCAUCACUCAAGAACCUGGACUUGGGUGAUCCCAGUGGAUCACUGGAUCUUCCUCUCCUCAAGGCCCCAGAAGAAUGGCGACAAGACAAGCUCAAUGAGGAUGGACACCCAGUUGAUGAUCCGUCUGGCAUUAUGCUGGAUGAUGACAACGCUGUCGGGUUUGAUGAUGAUGAUGGCACCCUGGCUGGCUUUGAUCUCAGUGGGGACGCUGGAUUCGGUGAUGGAGGAGAGGUAUGGGCUCGGGAAGCUGCUUUAGAACCGAUGCUCAAAGUUCACCGGAUGGAUCACGAUAAUGCCGACGGCGAGGGCGAGGAGGGUGACGAGGAUGCAUACGCCAUCUCGAUGUCUCAUCAGCCUAAUAACCACGACCACGAGAAUAUUCUGAGCUACUUUGACAAUGCGCUACAGAAAAACUGGGCUGGCCCAGAGCACUGGAAAAUUCGCAGAAUAAAAGAGCACGCAGCACCUAGCACUGCGGCACCCAAGCAGCGCAAGGAAAAGGAGCCUUUCGAAAUUGAUUUUGCAGCACCGCUCGAUCCUGCUAUUGCUGAGUUGAUUUACACUCCGGCUAGCUCCAACUCCGCAGUCUCAUUACCCAAGACGCAAUGGAAGACGAAGGGUCGCAAUCUGCUGCCGGACGACAAGCACUUCAAUUCACGCAAUCUACUUCAAUUGUUCCUCAAGCCAAAGGCCAAGAUGGGCUCGAAGAAGAUACUAGGGAAGCGUCGUCGCCAGGAUCUGACUUCAGGCAAUGGUGAUAUGGACGAAGCGUUCUGGGCAAAUCACAAGCCAGAGGAGAAUGCUGGCGAAGAGGGUGCUACUGGUGCCUAUGAUGCAAACUUCUUUGCUGAUGACGAUGGCCUGGCUUUCCCUAACGGCAUGGAUCUCGACGACGAUGAUGACAACCUGCCAUUUGCAGAUGCUCGAGAGAUGCUGUCGCCGCCUCCAGACGGUACCUCGGGCGCUACAGUCGAAGCAGGUGGUGCAACCGGCCUUAGUGCGCUCUUAAAUAUGGUCGGCGCCACACCUGGCCGACCCGGUGGUGGCUACGGUUCACAACUUGUCACGCAAGGAGGCCGCCGUGCACGCCCAGACUAUGUGGCGUAUGCCCGUGUUGCAAAGAAGGUCGACGUCCGACGUCUCAAGGUGGAGAUGUGGAAGGGCAUGGGCGAGCGGUUAGUUGACGCCGUCGACUUCGCAUCAGCUUCACAACCCGGAGCUGUAUCCAGCGACGCCCCACCCGAACCCGAGACAGAGGCCGAGACUGAAUCAGAGGUCCCUAUGCCCGCAACACCAAAGGCUGAAAGCCCCGAGAAACCUAUGGAUAAUAAAGAUGCUGGACGGUUACGGUUCACGCAGAUCAUGAACUCCCUAAAGGCCGUUUAUCCCGCAGAGACGUUACGGGAUAUCAGUACCUCAUUCGGAUUCAUUUGUCUUCUCCAUCUUGCCAACGAACAAGGUCUCGUUCUUGAGAGCGAUCUCAGUAAAAUGGGUGCCAAUGCUGCUACCCUAGAGGAGAUUUUUGUCUCCAGGGAUACACACGCUAUCAUAGAAGAAGGCGGAAUGUGA